UCUCUUUCUCUAACUCUUAUCUCACCAAUCUUCCCCGACAAACACAACUUCUUCUUCUUCCUCGAUUCGCUCACUACAAUUUUUACUGGAUCUUGUUUGAUGUGCUGCGGAAGCUGACGACAAUGAGCUGCAAUGGCUGCCGAAUUCUUCGAAAGGGUUGCAGUGAGAACUGCAUGCUCCGCCAAUGUCUUCAAUGGCUAGACAGUCCCCAGGCUCAGGCCAACGCCACCGUCUUCGUUGCCAAAUUCUUUGGCCGUGCUGGUCUUAUGUCAUUCAUCUCAGCCGUCCCCCAAUCCCAACGCCCUGCGUUGUUUCAAUCUCUAUUGUUUGAGGCGGUGGGGAGGGCGGUGAAUCCGGUCGGAGGGGCGGUGGGGUUACUCUGGACGGGAAACUGGCACGUGUGUCAGUCAGCAGUGGAGACAGUGCUCCGCGGCGGCGUGUUACAGCCACUUCCCGAAUUUUACGGUGCCGGUCCGAUUCCGGACGGCGAUGACUGUUCGGAGUCGGGAAUCGAGGUUUUCAGGCCGGUGAAGGCGGAUUCAAGGUCGGUGAAGAGGAAGAGAUGGGAUGAUGACGUGGCGAAAUUUGGUUCGAAGGAUGUUUUAUUGAGUCUGGGUCCCGAAUCGCCGGAGUAUCGGCGAGCGGUGUCGCCGUCGGAGGAGUCUGAAACGACGACGUUGGGGAGUGGGUCGUCGACGAACUGUAGUGUAGUACGGGGAAGUGAGCGGCCACUUCUGAGACUCUUCGUUUGAGAAAAGGGUUACCGGCUACCGCUAUAACCGGUGUAAUUUUCCGCAUAACGGGUCGUAUUACGGAAUGUAAAAGAUAAUUGCUGACUGAGAACUGACUUAAUUACGGGGUCACACGGUUGUUAGUAUUUUGUCAUCCCUUUUUUUUAAUAAAAAAAUAAAUUGAGCAGAAAAAUUGGGUAUGCUGAGAGAUUAUUAAUUAUAAUUUAAUUUUAAUAAA